CUUCUGAAACAUACUCUCAUAAAAAUAAGGAUGAAACUACGUAACUAGUUUAAUAUGUAUUAUAACGUAGUAAACCUGACGUGACUUACACUAUUUUGAGAACGAGUAGUCCCAGAGGGAACAAAUUUGCUGAUUAUAAAUCAAGCAUUACGUUACGUUGUGAAAACAUGUAACAGAUUACUGAAAAAAUGUGUAUCAGCAAAAGUCAAGUGUGCUGAAAAUACUAAAAUUCUAUAAUUUCCUAAAUCGCAAUUGGGCAGGACCAAGUCGGGGGUACCGGGGAGGAGAGGGGGGUAUUUUCAAAUUUUUGGAAGUGGUUAUUGAGUCUUUAAGUGUGUGGAGCAGUCUGUGGAAGGACAUUGGAGAGAAGAGAAGCAAGCGAAUUCGAAAGCUACCGAUCCAGUCCUAGAUACCGCCGCCCCCAGAAAUUGUAUCAUGGAGAACGCCACCGUGCGGGCCCUUGUGGCCAAGCUUCUGCGAGAGGAGCAAGAGACCCUCAACCCCGCGCGCCGGCAGGUCCGGGACCAGGGGAUUCAAGUGGGACCACCCAUGGACGUCGGCGUCUCCAGGGGGGUGCAGACGGAAAGAAGAGUCCCACCUCCCGAUUCCCCUCCACGGUACCUGCCGUCCUGCACACUGUGCGAGCUAGUAGGAAGUUCGUCAGCGGUGUGCCCCGGUCGUAUGCCGGAGCGGCAUCUAUCCAAUAAGCACCCCCGCUGCUCCCGGUCAAGGAGCCGACUCCGAACCCGACGAACAUCACCGUCCCGCGCACACACGCCGCCUCCAGCGGGAGGACGGGGCCCAACCUGGCCGUGAACUUGCAGUGGGCCUCUACAUCCCCGGGAUGGAAGCCAAGGAAAUAAAAGGCCGCUUGCUCGGGGGGACACGACCGAGAGCUGUAAAUUUUUUGUUUUUCCAGUUUUAUUAUAUUAAUUAGCGGUUAGAGUUCUGUUGUUAUUUUAAAUUUCUUUUAGUUCGCUCGGAUCUUGGGGCUCCGGGUGGACAUUUUGGAAGUUUUGUUGAAUUUCGUUUGAAAGUUGUUUUGAGUGUUGAAUAAAUAAAAAAAAGUU